GGAUAAAAUGGAUGGUAUCGAUCCUCGCCGCAUGAGUUCAAAGAUGGUUGCGGACAAUUUAUGUAGACAGCCGGUUACAGCGGACAAAAUCGAGCAACUUCGGAACCGAGAGGAGAAAAGUGCAACGGUGCAAUGCAGAGAGAAUCAUGCCGUUGCCGAAGAGCUAAAGAAACAGAUAAGCGAGCUCGCCCAUAUUCGGAAAUCUGAAACUGUCGAUUCUAAAAUUAAAAAACUGGAAUCUGCUGUUACGAGUUUGAGAGAACAAUCGAAACCGCUAAAAAAAGCUCUAAACACCGCUCUCUAUUCAACGGACACUGAAUUACUAGAACUUGUCGGUCAAACGACGCGUGAGACUCUUCUCGAAAUAAAUGGAGGUGCUGUAAUUGACCCGGUUGAUGCUGGAAAUAAAAUUGGAGAUGCUCUGAAACAAAUCGAGACUUCUGUGAAAGCUCAUACAGUGGAUAAAAGUAACUGGUGCGAUGAAUGGAUUGUCGAUGAUAAUAUGGAUGAGAUCAAUGAAAUGUACGACGAUAUGUACAAAGACGCCCGACUCUCGGAAAACCAUAGAUUUGCUUCACGCCUUGCCCUAUUCCACCGUCUGACUCCUGAGCUGGUUUUUGCGAGCAGCUCGAAAAAAGACGAUGAUGGUCCUCCUCAUUAUAAAAAAUUCAUUCAGCCUGCAGUUUAUCCAUUUAAUAUUGGUUGCGAUUUCAUUGUCCAACUAGUUGAUGUUGAACGUGUUGAGAAACAGAAAAAGAUCCGCGAGAAGGUUGAGAGAGGUGCGAAGAGAAAAGAACCCGCAGCACUUGUCAAAGUAAGCGAUAAGGCGAGAAACGUUCAAAGUGAAGAGGUUUCAAUCUCAAAAGAGCUUCAACAUGUUCUGAAAGUUCUGAAAAAAGAGCUUAAAACUCGGAAGACGGAUCAAAUCGACUAUUACGAACUCAUCACAAAUCCGACUAGUUUCUCUAGAACGGUUGAAAAUAUGUUCUACGUCUCGUAUUUGAUGCGCGAUCGUGAAGUUUACCUGCUAGAAGAAAACGGUGUUCCAAUUCUGAAAAAACCUACCGCUGUGAAUGAUCAAGAAAAAUUGCAAAAUGAUGAACGCAACUCUACCCACGGACUUACUCCUUUGAGCUUUGAGCAAUGGAAAACGCUCUCUCAAAAAUACAAAACCACCAUUAUUGAGCCACUCGAUGGUUAAUUUCAGUUUUAGAAAUCAACCCCUUUGAAUGCCCAUAUCAUUUUCUAUGUUUUAAUGUCAAAACCGGUAUAAAAAUGAAUCUUCGGAAUGAGU